AUGUCUCUCGUAGUGAAACUUAACCGAUUCAAACUACUGAAAUGCAAGGGCGAGAAGUUCGCGCGCUUGGAGUUCAGAGGAGACAUCAAGAAUUCCGCCGUCCUGGUGGAUAAUGACGAAAUCAUCCACGUCAACCAGCGUUUCCAAUGGCAUAUCAUCAGGCCAGUGAACCCGGGGGAGGUGAUAACCCUUAAACUCCUGACGCGCGGACGAUGGGGUGCCCCACGAGUGUACGGGGUCUACCGACUCGGCCUCCAAAUCCUGGUGGCGGAUGGCCAGCUCUGCGUGUCUGAUACCCUUGUCGAUGAGAAGAACAAUGCUGUUGGGGCAUGGCUGGAAAUGGAUGUGUUCUACACUCCUCCACGACCAUCAGUGGUGCUACCAGUCUUGCCGCCCGAAGACGAGGUCUGCCCAACCGCCUUGAGCUCAGCCAGAGGAUCCCAUCAGUCUGACAUCCCCUCCGUUCAUGGCUCUAAUCAUGGACCUAGUCAUGCGUCUGGACACGCAUCUGGCCAAGCGUCCGUACACGCAUCUGGCCAAGCAGCUCAUGGACCUGGUCAUGCGUCUGGACACGCAUCUGGGCAAGCGUCAGGACACGCAUCUGGCCAAGCAUCCGGACACGGGGUUGGGUCAUCGAACGCGCACGCUUCUAGUUCAACAGCCGCCUAUGGGUCUACUUCAGCAGUUGUACACUCAACCGGUCAAGCGCCCUCUCACUCCUCCACGGCAGCGCACGCAGUCGCUUCUGGUUCUGGAUUCACACAUCAUACGACAAGCGCCAAGCUAUGGUCAAGCUUCCACACACGUGCCUGGAUACGCGACCGCUAG